AUGGCGGCUGCUGAGUUCUACAAUACAGGCCCCCAUCCCAGUGGGAGCCAUGGCCCCAACGACGACGAUGAUUACGAUAGACACAAUACACACUCACCCAUCUCUUCCAUUUCCAAUAGUGCAUCUCCAGUGCACAAGCCUUUACCCUCGCAGCCUUCGUUUCCUCCCACACAUGCCGCUACCGGCUACAGCGACGAUUUCUUUGGACGUCCUCACUCGACCCAGUCAAUAGAUACAGCAUAUCAUCCGCAUGAAUUCGAUCGGCCAAUAAGCCCAUCACAUUCAAGUUCUUACAGCUCCCACGACCCCUAUGGAAAAUCCGCCGAACCUUAUAACGAUGAUAUCCCGCUUAACGAUACCCGCCCGAGUCAGAAUUCAUCGCACAACUUGGCGGCUGUCGAGGGUGGUGGGUUUUCCGGUCCAAAGGGCAAGAAGGGAAAGUCUUCUUUCCUAAAAUCGAACAAGGGGCGAAGGCCAUGGUUUUGCUACAUCAUGGCGGCAAUUCAGAUCUCGGUGUUUAUCGCAGAGUUGGCACGCAAUGCAGCACUCACAAAGACGCCCAUUGCGAUCAAACCGCAGUUCAAUCCUAUGAUCGGUCCUUCGGUUCAUGUCCUCAUUAAUAUGGGCGCAAGGUUUGUGCCUUGCAUGAAGACUAUUAAGGACAUCACCGACAAACCCGGAAUCUCAUAUCCCUGCCCCAACACUACGGUUGAGGAUACAUCACGGGAAGGAUGCACUCUCGCGAAAUGGUGCGGCUUUAAUGGGGCCAACAUCCCGAGUGACCUUGGAGGAGCUGCACAAGCAGGUAGCGAGCCUAACCAAUGGUAUCGAUUUAUCACACCAAUAUUUUUACACGCCGGGUUGAUUCAUAUUGCGUUUAACAUGCUAGUUCAGCUCAAACUUGGUACGGAAAUGGAAAGGGAUAUUGGGCAUUUGAGAUUUGCCAUAGUAUAUUUCGCAGCAGGGAUUUUCGGGUUUGUGUUUGGAGGAAAUUUUGCUCCUAACGGACAGCCUAGCACGGGUUGUUCCGGAUCUUUGUUUGGAAUUUUUGCAUUGAUGCUUCUGGAUUUGUUAUGGACUUGGGGGUCACGCAAGUCGCCGAAGAAGGAUCUCGCAUUUCUUCUGGUUGAAAUCAUCAUUUGUUUUGUCAUUGGACUGUUACCUGGCUUGGACAACUUUUCACAUAUUGGAGGAUUCCUCAUGGGGCUUUUUCUGGGGCUCACCGUCUUGCAUUCUCCACCGUCGAUCCGACAGAAGAUCGGGGCCGGUGAACCACCCUACACUCCGAUGACAACCAACAGGCCGCCGUACGCUGCGAACCCCCAUUCCACGCUUCCCGGUGGUUUUGGAGGGUUUUUAAAGAACCCUGCGGGGUUCUUUAAGGGGCGCAAACCGCUCUGGUGGGCGUGGUGGCUUGUUCGUGCAGCUACCCUUGCGACAGCGCUAAUCGUCAUGGUUGUCCUUAUCAACAAUUUUUACAAGUACAAGAAGACUUGCGGAUGGUGUAAAUACCUCAGCUGUCUGCCCGUACUCAACUGGUGUGAGAUGGGUGCGUUGACUAUGACAAACACCACCACUAGUAGUGACACCAGUGAUAAUCCUGCGAGAAUGUUGGCGAGAAGCCUAGCUCCCCAAGACCUGGCUCAAUUUCUUUGAAACCAUCUCCUCUGCUUAUGUUCUUUUCCCCCACGCUGUCGUUGCUCUGGCUUAUAAACAAAAGCUUUCCAGCGGCAUGCGAAAAAUACCCUUGUUCGUCCUGUUUUGUUUCUUGGUUAAAUUCCAAGGAUUGUUGAUGUGGCUCUUUUUCUCUUUCUUAUCAUUUCAUCACAAGGUGGAGUUGUGUGUUUUUUCUUUCUUGAGAAACUCCGGUUGCCGUGCUCCCUUCGAAGUGGGUGCGUAUCCGCGGAUGUCACGGACAAACAUUGGGGAAAACUGGCGUGUACAGUAUAGUGGUAAUGGUUUAUUGCUUUUCUAGAUGAGCGGAAGUGGACACAUGGGACAUGUUUGACGUGUUUUAAGUUGGCAUGUAUCAUGCAUCAUGGUGUUAUAUUUUUCUUGAUGAUACUUUCGAAAGCAGCAUAUUUCACACUCGGGGUGGGCAGGCCCAAAGGAAGAAAAUGCAUAGGAUAGUCAUAGAAGGUGCUCCUGUACAGUACUUGUUUGUUAUAUACGCAAAGGAAAAAACAGCAAGAGGUCUCGAUAUUGAGAA